UGUGUUGCUAAAAGUUUACAAACUUGCUUCUAUAAUUAUAAAACUUAUCUAAGAUUAUAAAUAAUUAUUUCAUACAUUAAUACAAGAUAUCAAUUUCUGCAAUUUUAACAUAAUGUGAUAAAGAAGAAAUAAGUGGUGUUAUAUAAAAGACAACAGAUAAAACAGCUGAUGUUAACAUCACAAUCUUUAUAGCAGUUUUUUUCGUUUGCUAUCAGCGUUUCAAUGUCGCAAAGACACGCUCCUGAGAUACUACGUUUCUUAAUUCUGACCCGUGAUUCAAAUUAAAUCUGCAAUUUAAUUUGCAAAAUGUCGACUGACACAUACAACAAAGUGACACAUUGUAUUUUUGACAUGGACGGUUUGUUGCUUAAUACAGAAUACUUGUACACUGAGGCUUUUAACCGUAUCACAAAUCGCUACGGCAAGGAAUUCACAUGGGAGCAUAAGGCGCAAACAAUGGGUUUCAAGACCAAAGACGUCGCCGGUUACGUAGUAAAAACGUUAGAGCUACCAUUAACAGUGGACGAAUUUAAAGAAGAGAUCACCGGAAUUUAUCGGGAGUUGUUUCCACACACUAGUCCUAUGCCAGGUGCCGUACGUCUCCUAAAGCACUUGAAAGAAAACGACAUUCCAAUUGCAUUAGCUACAUCUUCGGAUCGUGAGAACUAUGAGCUAAAAACUAGACAUUGGCACGAUCUCUUCGGACUCUUUCACCACAGAGUGCUUGGCGGCUCAGAUCCUGAAGUCGCUCACGGAAAGCCGGAACCUGAUGUAUUUCUCAUAGCCGCCAAGCGUUUUCCCGACAAUCCAGAUCCUUCAAAGUGUUUGGUCUUCGAAGAUGCACCAAACGGCGUGCAAGCGGCACUAAACGCCGGAAUGCAAGUCGUUAUGAUACCAGACUCAAUGCUUCCUAAACGUUACACGAAGCAAGCUACCCUUGUACUAGACAGUCUCGAGAAUUUUCAACCAGAAAAAUUCGGGCUUCCGCCGUAUGUAACAUAGUACGUCUACUUUUCAAUUUAUCACGUACAACACGGAAUUCAGAAGUAAUUUUUUUAUCUUAUAUAAAAAUAAAGGUAACUUAUUUUUUAAAUGUUUCUAUUU